GAAGAUAAGGUUGCAGUGCUUAAAGACGCAGUUAAGAAUCUAGCUCAUCAAGAUUCCGAUCUCUACGUUAUCAUUCCUAAGAAUUCGACAGCCGAAAUGUUUGAUUAUUUCAAAAAUGGAACUUUUGAUCCAAAUCAAGUUCAUAUUAUCGUAAAACCAAAGGAAUAA